UUGAAGAAGAAGAGGUGCAAAUGCAAACCGCGAAGAAAAAAAAAAUGUGCUCUGGAUAAAUUAAAUGUAAAAACAAAAUAUGGAAAAUAAGAAUUUUAAAAGAUCCAGAAACAGUUAUAACAGUUAUAGUUACAGUAGCGGAUAAUUAUGACUUCCUUCACUGGGUCCAUUUAGACGGCAGUCCAGCGAACGGUGUUUUUUUUUUUUUGGUAAGUUGGAAUAACCUAAUAAUAAAUAAGGAAGGUGGUCUCUCGAAUUCAGUUAUGGCUUCGAAAAAAAUUCCUGCAGCUGUACUCAAAGAUGUUGUAGCGUAUGUGGACGUGUGGUCCGCGAGUAAGACCGAGAAUUACUCAGAUCCCUUUAUUCAGCAGCUUCGAGAUAUGGGUGCUCAAGUGUGCAAAACGCUCAACAAACAAGUCACCCAUGUGGUGUUUAAACAAGGCCAUCAAGCCACAUGGAAUAAAGCAAAGAAAAUGGGUGUGAAGAUCGUGUCCGUCCACUGGGUGGCCAGGUGCAAAGACAACAACGAACAUGCCGACGAAGACCUUUAUCCUGCUCACAACGACGAGUCGCAGCUUUGUCGCUUGAAGAAGAGACAACACCGGUGCAUGCAACCCAGGGACGUUCCUCUAAGCACUCCAAAGCGCUUGAAAAGAAAGCUGGACAAAAUGAUGGGAGAACUUGUCCGAUCUUCUCCUGUAGUUACAGAUACAGAAACAUCUCCGUUCAUUAUUGAUGAGGAGAACGGAAUAGUGUACAGUCCCUCUUCUAGAAGAGCUGACACCAUGGCUCAGCGGCUGAGGGAAAUGAAAGCACAGAGGGAGAAUCUUUCACCAACUGCUUCCCAAAUUCAGGGCUCGCCAAUGGAUGACUCCACAAGGCCGUCUCUUGGGAACACGCCGACUGACUUAAAUAAGCUGCUACUGGAUGAAGAAGAGGAGUCUUCAAAUUGUUUGUCACGCACCAGCUAUGCCUCCAGCAGCGAGAAAGGAGUGAAAGAACACAGCAAAAAACUAUCGACAAAAAAGGCAUCUAAUAGGCGUGUUGAAAAGUCACCUCCUCACUUAGAUGUUGGGGUGACGUUCGACUCUUCAGGUGUCAGAGAAGUCUCCUUGCCACAAAAUAAAAGGCGAAGCAGAGCCUGUUCCGGAGCGACGAAACAGCCUUCUUUAGAUUAUUAUGUGCAUGCGGUAUCAAAUAAAUCAGCUUCACCUCUGUUAUCCGAGUCUAAAGUUGGAGCAGCAGAAAAACCAUGCAAUAAGAAAAGAUCUUUUAGCGGUGUGGAACCUGGAGUAAGCCCAAUUCCACGAAGCACAAAAGAAAUAAAGACUAACGUUGACCUGGAUGAUUGUGACUCAACACGCAUGCUGAAACGUAUUCCUUCACCUCAAAGCGAUGUUCAGAAGGUGCGAAAUAUAAAAAAGCCAGCCAAGAUGUCCGGUUCUGGCGACACCCAUAACGAUAACCACCACGACGACAGCGUGUUUGAGGACUACUUCACUUCAACCAACGACGCACCCAAACGGAAGGUCCCGGUCGCGCAUUCGGUUUCUGAAGCAGAGCGUUUACCUUCUUUUGACCUGGAGCCUCUGAUCAGAAACAGGCGCACGAGCCAUUCUCAAGAAAACUGCAGCAGGAACCGAAAAUCGAAAACCUUAAACAAUCAUGGAGCUAUCAUGGAUGCAUCAGGCCCACCAGAGGAAGAGCUGAUGGGUUCAUGUAUGACUUCAUCUCUGACAGGUCCUAAAGCGUCCACAUUAGAGAAACCGGAAGAAGAGCCUGCUGCAAAGAAACUGAGGAGGAGAACCAAGCAGAGCUCCGUUUCUCUUUUGGAAAGCACACACAGUAAAAGCACUUCAGAUGGGCUCACUGACAGAUGUACUGAAUUGUGUAGCGACAUGAGCACAAAAAGGACUGUGAAAAUGGAUAAGUACAUGAAGAAGAAUAGAACGUUAGUUAUGACCAGCAUGCCAACCGAAAAACAGCAGACGGUCUUACAGGUGGUGAACUCUCUGGGUGGCUUCACUGUGGUGGACAUGGUGUGUGAGAGUACGACACACGUGGUGUCCGGGAGUCCACGACGCACCCUUAAUAUCCUACUGGGUAUCGCACGAGGAUGCUGGAUUCUCUCCUUUGAAUGGAUCUUAUGGUGUUUGGAGCAUCGCCAGUGGGUUCCAGAAGAGCCGUAUGAACUUUCUGAUCAUUUUCCUGCCGCCCCGAUCUGUCGGUUACAGCAGCAUCUUUCGGCUGGAGAGCAUCAGCAGGAUCUGUUCCGUGAGCAACCACUUAUAUUCGUGUCUUCGGUGUCUCAGCCUCCAUGCCACAGUCUCACAGAGCUCAUCCAGCUGUGUGGGGGCUCCGUGUGCAGGAGCGUUCGCCAGGCCAGCAUCUGCAUCGGGGAAUACAGGGGGAAAAAGCCUGAAGGAACCAGGUGCCUGUCAGAACAAUGGAUUUUAGAUUGUGUGACUCAUCAUGUGCUGCUCCCAUACGAUAACUACGUUCUUGAGUAAAGAGAGAGUUUCGACAGUGAGGACAUUUUCCUGUUAUUGGAAAACAAAAUUUUGUAUUAUAUAUGAGUACUUUAUGUAUAUGUUUCUUGUAUUUUACUGUGCAUUUAGAUUCUGUUUAAUAAAUGUCUUAAAUAAAACAAGUCAUGAUGUGGGUUCA